UGCUGCAGGGACUAAAACUACCUGUUUCUAUUCUGUCUUGCUUGUGAGAUUUUCUGUUGCAUGUGUACACAUAAAUUCAUAUAUAGCUAGCUUAACUACUCGAAUAGGUAUUACUCUGAGAUUUAUAUGCAAUGAAAUUGUAUUAACUAACUGAGAUAAGUUAUUUAUCACUAUAUGUACAUGCAUGAAUUGAUUUUUGCAGAGGUUUGUUUAGCUAGCCUAUGGCAUCGAGGGUGAAAGCCAAAACAUGGAUGAGAGGAAGAGUGAAAGGUGUUGUAUCCGGAGACACUUUGGUGAUCAUGAGAAUUACUAGCACCCCAUUUGAGAUAGCCCCUGAGAAAACCAUAACUCUGUCUUCGCUUAUGGCUCCCAGAUUGGCUCGCCAAGAUCGUCCUGAUGAGCCAUUUGCAUGGCAAAGCAGAGAGUUUCUAAGAGAUCUCUGCAUAGGAAAGGAGGUUGUUUUCCAGGUAGAUUACGUAUCCAAAGGCCGAGAAUUUGGCACUGUUUGUCUUGACGGUCAGUUUGUUGCAUACCUGGUUGUUGCAGAAGGCUGGGCCAAGGUCUGGGAGGUAAGGGAGCAAGAGAGAUAUAAAGGCGAAUUUAGUCCUCAUUUAAAUGUACUCUUGCAAUAUCAAGAGCAAGCAAAGAGGAAAUGUGUUGGUCGUUGGAACAAGGCACCAGGUGCCUCUCGACAUGCUGUCAGAAACCUCCCUCCUUCUGCAAUUGGCGAUCCUAAAAACCUGGACACCAAGGCCCUUCUAGUUAAAUACAAAGGCAAGUCCUUGGAAGCGUUUGUUGAGUAUGUUCGUGAUGGAAGCACUAUUCGUGUUUAUUUGCUUCCAGGCUAUCAGUUUGUCCAGGUGUUUGUUGCUGGAAUUCAGGCACCGUCAAUGGGGAAAAGGAUUGUUGAACCUGAAAAGGCAUCCUCUGAAGAAAACAAAAAAACUUCUAAUGGAUCAGCACAGAAAAUACCUGUUUCAUCAGCAUCCGUAACUAGAUCUGCUCCAGAUCCAUUUGGCAAGGAAAGCAAGCAUUUUACAGAGAUUCAUAUUUUACAUAGAUAUGUAAGCAUUGUCCUUGAAGGUUUUGAUGAAUAUAGCAACCUGAUUGGAUCAGUCUACUAUGAAGAAGGUGAACAGCCCAAGGACUUGGCUGAGCAGCUUCUUAAAAAUGGUUUAGCUAAAUUUGUUAAGUGGAGUGCUAGUAUGUUGCCUGAUGAUGACAAGAAAAUGUUAAAAUCCUUGGAACUUGAAGCAAAGAGAAGCCGAUUGAGAAUGUGGACCAGCUACAUUCACCCGCCUAGUAAUUUCAUCGCAAUUCAGGACCAGAAUUUCACUGGAAAGAUAUGGGAGAAAGAAGUUUCUAAUGGUCGAGCUAUUAAGAAAAGAGAGAAAGAAGAGAUUCAGGUAGUGGUUACAGAAGUCCUUAGUGGUGGAAAGUUUUACGUCCAAGCAACCGGAACUCAGGAAGUGGCCUCUAUUCAGCAGGAACUUGCUUCUUUGAAGCUGCAAGAAGCUCAUGUGAUAGAUGGUUCCUUCAAUCCUAAGAAGGGCGACCUCGUGCUUGCAAGGUUCAGCCGAGAUAAUUCCUGGUACAGAGCAAUGAUUGUGAAUUCUCCUGGUGGUGCCAUCGGAUCUUCAGAAGAUAAAUUUGAAGUGUUUUACAUCGAUUAUGGAAAUCAAGAAAUGGUUGAAUACAGUCAGCUGCGACCUCUGGAUUCUUCUAUUUCAUCAUCUCCAGGCCUGGCUCAACUAUGCAGUCUUGCUUAUGUCACGGUUCCCAGAGUGGAAGAGGAUUACGGGAAGGAAGCAGCCUUAAGCCUUAAGUACUGGGGAAGGAGUUCAAAGCCAUAAUAGAGGAUAAACACACUUUAGGUGGAAAAGGUAAAGGACCAGGCACUGGGACUAUUCAUAUCGUAACUUUGGGUGAUACAGAAGCUGAAUUAAGUAUCAAUGCUGUCAUGUUGAAGGAAGGGUUUGCUAGACUCGUUAAGAGAUGGGGUCCUGCAGAAAGAAAACAGACAAUUGACAAGUUAGAAAAAUACCAGAGAGAAGCAAAAUUAAAGAGAUUAGGUAUGUGGGAGUAGGGAGAUAACAUUUCAGAUAACGACGACAAAAAGCCUCCUGCUGGGAAAGCCGGUGGCAAGCUUUAGUACACAUAUUUGCAGCCAAAGUAAAAGAGGUGAAAAAAGAAUCAAGAUGAUAUGUGAGUUUUGGGCAUUAUAGAGAGUUCUUAUAUCGAGCCCAAAAGAUGCCAAGUAGACUUUCAUUUUGUAAGUAGAUUGAAAAAAGAUGAAGUAAAAUGGAAUGAUAUGCUUUAAUAAAAUAUAUAUUGAACUUACUGUAUUCAUGGAUAAUUAUUAUCUAUAAAUUGGA